AUGUCUUCCUUUUCGAGCUCUUGGGGGCACCUUAUUGUCCUUUUCCUCUCUCUUUCUCUUCUAAACAUUGCCUCUGCCCUACCCACAAAAUCUUCUUCUGCUUCAAUACGACCAUUUCUACUCCCACCACCCAAGCAGAUGAUAGGUAAAAGAUCUUCAUCUCAACCUUCGAUUCGCCCAUACUUGCUUCCACCUCCCAAACAACUCAUCAGCAAGAGAUCAGAAGCUGAAACCUUCCUGCCUCGACUGGACGUCAACUUCCCCGAUCCUUGUCUUCUUCAUGAUGACGACGGCCGCUGGGUAUCUUUCGCGACAAGCGGAAACGGACAUCACAUCCAAAUGGCCGUGUCUAAUGAUCCUUUUGGUCAAUGGACACACCUUGACCAAGACGCCCUCCCCGGCGACGGAUGGACAAGCGGAAAGAAUUUCUGGGCUCCUGAUGUGCGCAAGCUAGGCGAUAACUCGUACGUCAUGUACUUCUCAGGACAAAAUCCCGAGGGCGGUCACUGUAUCGGAGUUGCGCGUUCAAAAAACAGCACAGGUCCAUAUGAGAUGGAUCCCAAGCCCUUCGCAUGCCCCAAGGACGAAGGAGGAGCAAUUGAUCCUGCGGGUUUCUACGACAAGUCGACAAACAAGCGCUAUGUCGUCUAUAAAGUCGAUGGCAAUGCUCUCAAAGGCGGCGCCGGCACUCCGAUCCGACUGCAGGAAGUUUCCACCGAAGAUGGAUCGACGCCGAUCGGCGCGCCUGUGGAUAUCAUGGACCGGGUCCCCGAAGAGGACGGGCCCCUGGUUGAGGCUCCCAACCUAGUGCACACACCAGACGGCAAAUAUCUGCUCUUCUUCAGCAGUCACAUGUACACGGACGAUGCAUACGAUGUCAAGUAUGCCGUGGCCGAUCAGGUCCAGGGACCGUAUCAUCGGGGAGAUGCCCCGUUCCUCAAGACGCCGGCUCUCGGGCUCAAGGGGCCUGGUGGAGGCACAAGUGCUGAGGACGAAGGCUUCUUGGUGUUCCACGCGUGGUGCGGGAAGGGCAAAAGGUGUAUGUACACCAUUGGAUACGAUGUUGCCAGUGUGGAGGACUUUGCCUAG